UAACUUUUUUUCUCUCCAUUGAGAUUUUUUCUCCAAAUUCAAAUCAGAAUCAAAGAAAAUGUUGGCUGUGUUCGAGAAGACGGUAGCGAAUAGCCCCGAAGCACUGCAGAGUCCACACUCCGGAUCAUCGCCUUCGUACGCGUUGAAAGAAGGAUAUCUAGCGAGUCAAUUCGUCUCCAAAAACUCCAACUCCGUCACGCUUAGCCUCGGAUCGUCGGGAGUGCUCGCUUACUCCCUUGAUAACACCGAUCCUCUUGUUCACAGAUUGUUUGCGGUUGUGGAUGACAUCUUCUGCGUCUUCAGAGGACACAUUGAGAACCUUCCGUUUCUGAGGCAGCAGUAUGGGCUGAGCAAAGUCACAAACGAGGCCAUCAUGGUGAUCGAGGCUUACAGGACUCUACGUGACCGUGGCCCUUACCCCGUCGACAAAGUUGUCAGAGAUUUCCAUGGAAACUUUGCCUUCAUCCUCUUCGAUGGCACCAACAAAACCGUCUUCACUGCUGCUGAUGCUGAUGGUACUGUGCCUUUCUUCUGGGGUACUGAUGCUGAAGGUCACCUUGUUCUCUCUGAUGACACUGCCAUUGUGAAGAAAGGUUGCUCCAAAUCUUACAGUCCUUUCCCUAAAGGUUGCUUCUUUACAUCGUCGGGAGGAUUGAGGAGCUACGAGCACCCGAAGAACCAGCUUAAGCCAGUGCCGAGGGUGGAUAGCUCAGGAGAGGUGUGUGGUGCCACCUUUCAGGUUGAUGCCGAGGCUAAGAGAGAGGGUACCACCGGCAUGCCUAGAGUCGAGAGCUCCCAAAACUGGGCCGGUCAUAUCUAAACCGGAAAUGUUUACCUAAAUUUCAAAGCUCAAGCAGAGACGAGACUUUGUUUCGUUUAAUAUAUCUCUGAGACUUUACUUUACCAGUGUUGUUUCUCUGUUUCCGUUUGCGUUUCUCGGAUUCAAAUAAAAAAAAAUAAGAUUUUUUUUCAUCA